AUGUCCAAAGCAUUUCUUCGUAGUGCAAAGAAUUUAGUCAAUGGGUACUCUCAGGCUCAGGUUCUCGUUAGAAGUGCCACUUCUAACGAUAAGGACGGUCCGUCCGUUGAUCAGUUGGAAGAGUUGGCUGAAAGGACAUUUGAUAACGUGGAAUUUUUCGAGAUCAUGGAUAUGUUGGACAAGAGAUUAAACGAUAAAGGCCGGAACUGGAGACAUGUCGCCAAGUCACUAACGUGUCUAGAUUUCUUGGUGAGAUGCGGAUCAGAGAACUGUGUGUUCUGGUGUAAAGAGAACCUUUACAUUAUUAAGACGUUGCGUGAGUUUACACACACCGAUGAGUUUACCGAGAUCGAUAACGGUGAGAUUGUCAGAGUGAAGGCGAAAGAGUUGACGGCGUUAUUACGGGACGAGGAGAGGUUGAAGGAGGAACGGAUGAUGAGGCUUAAGGGGAGGAAACGUGGUGGUAGGAAGAAUAGACGUGACGAUAAUGAAGAUGACGACGAUUUGCAACGAGCUUUAGAGGAGUCGAGGAUCACUGCGGAGGAAGAGGAGAGACGUCGUAAACAGUUGAUGAUGCAAGGAGAUGACUCGAGUCUACAGGCUGCUCUGGAGUUGUCGAAGGAAGAAGAGGAAUUGAGAAGAUUACAACAGUUACAAGCGCAGCAACAAGCUGCGCUAUGGCAACAGCAGCAACAGCAGCAGCCCAUGUACUACGACAUAUUCGGAAAUCCGAUCUCAGCAGAAGAGUACUUGCAAUACCAGCAGCAACAGAUGCUGGCUCAACAACAACAGGAACAAUACAUGGCGGAACAGCAGUAUUUGGCGGCUCAACAACAGUAUCUGGCGCAACAACAGAUGUUGGCCCAGCAGCAGCAACAGCUGCUCGCGCAACAACAGCAACAGCAAUUCCAAAUGCCGUUGCAAACUGGGUCUAAUAAUCCGUUUGCGUUGAAUAGGCCACCUUCUCCACAAGAGAUUGAGGAGAUUGAAGAACCAGAUUUCACUCCAGUUCAAUUACCACCUUCACCUUCCCCAGCUGCAGUUCCACAGCAGGAAUUCAAGCCUGUACCAAAACAAAGAACCGGUAAUCAAUCAAUUAGUGACAAGUUCAGUGAGUUGAAUAACUUGUUGGCAAGUGGAACAGGGAUCGAUACCUUUGGUAAUACCGGUGAAACUCGUGUACCGGCACAGCAUACCAAGACAGGAACUUUUAUCAAUUCCCAAGGUACAGGGUACAAACAGAUUACGAAUGAUGCUCCUAAACAUAAUCCAUUCCUGACAAGUCAAUACACGGGUAUCCCAAGCUCUGCCAUCGCUCCGUCUUACACUGGUUACGGAUUUGGUAAUCAGGCUUCUUCCAGUUCACAACAGAAUAACUUCUCUAAUCGUAACGGUAAUAGUAACAAUAUUAACAACACAAAUUUGAUCGAUUUGUGA